AUGGGGUCCAAUCUUCCAGUUAAAUAUAUUCCAAAAGAAAACAAAGGAAAAAUUAUCCAUUCCGUUCGUAAUCCGAAAGACAUUGUCUUGUCUGCUUUUCAUCAUUACACAAACGAUCCAUAUGUGAAGGACUACAUGAAUCAUGACUGGCCUUGUUUCGUGGAUGAUUUCCUACGUGGGGACUGUUACUAUGGAAGUUGGUUUGAAAGAGAGAAAGAGUGGGAAGAGGCAGCACGACAAAAUCCCGAAAAGAUUUUGAUUGUUUAUUAUGAAGAUCUUAAGAAAAAUGGGAUGGAGACGAUGCGACAGAUAUCCAAUUUUCUUGGAACCUCGUCUGAUCCUAAAUUUCUUCAGGCUGUUUAUGAUGAAUGUACCUUUGAGAAAGUAAAAGAAAGAGAAAAGGAUACAAUUUGGAAGUUUAUCUACCGAAAAGGAGAGGUUGGUGAUUGGAAAUCGACGUUAACUGAGGAACAGAAUACGAAGUUUGAUCAGGUCUUCAAUGAAGAAAUGAAGGAUUCAAAAUUAAAAAUACAAUGGGAGUAA